CAAAGUUGGAGCCUCCCGAUGCCAAAAUCUUAAUUCCGCUUUUGUGCCGCUUGGGCAUCGCCCCCUGCCGCGGCAAUCUACCCAAAUUAGGGCUCUCCAGCGUAACGCACAACUCCUUUACCAUUCCUCCCCUUCUCCGAUCAUCGCCCCUCGGUAACCUUCGUCCACUCCUCUCUCUCCCGUCCCUCCCCUUUCCCCAUCCUUUCCGCUUUCUCUCUCCUUCCCUUUCUUUCUCUCAUGCAGGUCCUUCCUAGCGUCGCCGUCCCAUGAGGACCGGCCUCUCCUCGAAGCACUCCAGGAAGAACUCCGAUGAAGAUCGGAGCAAAAAGAGAAAGAUGAGAUCUAAUAAGCGCCGCCGCCACGACUCCUCAUCAUCGUCCUCUUAUUCCUCCGGCUCAGAGAUCGAUGCUCGCUCUCGGAAGAAGAGAACCCAGCGGGAACCCAAAAAGCCGGAGAAGACGAAGAAGGAAUCCAAGAAGCCGGUAAAAAAGAAGAGUCGCAAGACCCGCUAUCGCAGGGAUGCUAGCGUGAGUUCUUCGAGCCGGAGUUGCUCCACUUGUCGGGGCCGGAGCAGCCCCUCCGGGAGGUCGAGGAGCCGCGCCCGCGGUAAUAAAAGGGUGAAAUUAAGGGGUAGGAGUAGGUCGAGGAGCCUGCCGCGUGCUGAUAGGAAGGCGAAAUUGGGGGGGAGGAACAGGUCGAGCAGUCCUCCAGCUCGUGCGGAUAGGAGGGUGAAAUCGAAGGAAGGAAGCAAGUUGAAGGGAAGGGAGAGGGGGAGAAGUCGGAGGAGUGUAAGGAGGAUGAGCUCCAAACGGGAUGGUGGUCGGUAUCUAUCUCGGAGCUGCUCGUCUUGUGACAAGAGUAGGAGUUGUAGCAGCCGGAGUUACAGUCGGAGUCAGAGUCAUAGUGAUGGGAAAGGCAAAGAGGUGGAUCAGCCAAAACGGCUUAAAUCAGCACUUGUGGUAACCAAAGAAUCGGAGGAGCUGGAAAGACGUGGUAGCAGGAGUUACAGUGAGAGUCGGAGUCAUAGUAAGGGGAAAGGUAAAGAGGUGGAUCAGCCAAGACGGCUUAAAUCAGCACUUGUGGUAACCAAAGAAUCAGAGAAGAUGGAACAAAUUUCUGGUAGGGAUAAUGUUUUUCAGGCUUAUGAUGAUCUGGGAAGGAGUUUUGAUGCUUGUGAGCAAGCCUCAGAUGAUAGGCAGGUAGAGUUUGUUGGGGAAAAGCAUGGUGCCGAUAUUUGGGUUGAGGAUACAGCUUAUGUUAAGGGAGAUAACUAUGAUUUGACCAAGCUCAAUACUGAGCCUGUCAAGAAUGCUGAUUGUGGCAAUUAUGAUUCAACAAGGAAGAACGGUGGGGAUGCAGUGAAUGCAGGUAGUUCAGAACCCGAGGAUUUGGAACUGCUCUUGAGACAGAAGGCAUUAGAGAACUUCAGAAAGUUCCGAGGUGGGUUCUUGGAACAAAAAGGCAUGAGUGGCGAUCAGAAAGAUGAGUCCAUCCAGACUGAACCCUGCAAGGAUGAUGGUAGAUUUGUUGAGGCAAAAGACACUAUUGUUUCAUCAGAUUGCAAGUUCGCUAGUUCUCUUGAACGCCAAGGAAGCAUUCAAGGGGGAAUUCCCAUGACUCAACCCAGACUUAGAUCUAUCGUGAAUAUUCCAACACAAAAUGCUGAUGGAAAUUCUAUCAUCAGUUGUCAAAAUGCUAGUGAGAGUUCAAGACUAGCUGUCAACUCUAUCGUUACUAGCACCACUGAUGGCCAAACCAUUCCAAAUCAUUUAAAGAGCAAAGAAGAGCCUUUGGACAAAUUCUCUUCGGGGAAAACCCUGUCGGCCAAAGAUAUCCAGAAUAAGAAGGCAGUCGUUGAACCUGGAAGUAGUGCUACUAUUGGGGAUGAAUUGAAAAUAGCUGAUGGGUCGGCAUCAGGGGCUUCUACUUGCCUUAAUGCGAAGAGUGGAAAUAAACCUGUGGAGAAGGAUACAACUGGGUCUCAUUUUGAGCAAAAGACAUUUUCUAGAAUGCAUGAUGGGGAAAUGGUGCAGGUGAGCUACAAGGUUUACAUUCCAAAGAAAAGCCCAGCCUUGGCUAGAAGGCAGCUGCAGCGGUGAAGGAUGUGCAAUAAUUUUAAGUCUUUAUGGGCUUCUCUUUUGAGAGUUGUAUAAUGAAGCACAGAUCUACAUGAUAAAGUUGGAUGACAUAAUCAUAUUGAAGUUGUCUCCAUAUGAUUCUACAGGAAAGCACCUGUUCAUAAGAUGAAUCAAGCUUAAAUUGGGUAUGAGUUAUUCUCUUCAUCCAUGUCUGCGAGAAAAUAUUCUCAAAUCUUAUGGGAUCUCGGAUUCAGAUGAAGGAAUUCAUUUAGCAAUGAGCUUCAAAACAACAAAACAAAAUGAUGUAGAGUGCACCUGGGAUAAUGCGCAAGCAGCUGAAUCCAUGAUCUUCUGUGAUUAUCACGACUAGAGGACAGGUUCUACCAUUUGAAAGCAGUUUUUGAAGAACUUAAAACAGCCUGGACUAAACUGCUAUUGUUGGAUGUAAUCAGUACUUGUCAGAGACCAGCCAGGUUCUCGGUUUCAGCUUGUGGGAAGAUCAUACUUUUGUUCGGUUUUAGCGAACUUGGAUUGAACUAGUUCACCAGAGCAUCAGUGAUUUAAUAUUUUUGUUGCUUUAAGUAUUUGUAGGAUAAAUUUAUUUUUUCGACCAUGGUUUUAUUGUAUCAUUGAAGUAAGUCUCCUCAUAUGAAGCUGAGGUCAAGGUUAUCUUUGCAACAUCUUUGAUAUUGAAGAACUAAAACAGCCAACAUUGAAGUUAUUUCAUCCUAUGUUGAAUAUUGAACUACAAAUAUUUUCCUUUCUCUUGUGAUAA